AUGAGGUAUGACAGGACCCAAGACCCGCAGGAGCACCUCACGGCUUUUGAGGCCCGAAUGAACCUGGAGGGAGUGGGAGACGAAGUAAGGUGCCGCGCUUUCCUGGUCACCCUGGCAGGCCCUGCGAUACGGUGGUUCAAUAGCUUCCCACAGGGCUCCGUGGUCAGCUUCUCAGAUAUCAGCCGCGCCUUCUUAGCACAAUUCACCACCAGAAUCGCGAAGGCUAAACACCCGAUCAAUCUGCUUGGUGUCACUCAGAAAACUAGCGAGACGACCAGAAAGUACCUAGAUCAUUUCAAUGACGAAUGCUUGGAAAUUGAGGGUCAGCCGAGUUGUUGCCGCCAACAAGCGGCAGCCCUCCUACACUCAACCCAGGCAGCACGGCAAUGGAGAAAGACAGAAGGACACGCUAGAGACGGCGGCCCAAGCAAGGCACCCAGGCCGUUUCCUCGUGUGGAAAAAUUCACCAACUACACUCCCCUCACCCUCCCCAUCAUAGAAGUUUACCAACAGAUAGCUGAGAAGGGAAUCUUGUCAAAGCCCCGCCUGCUGAAGGAUCAAACUGGUGGGAACAAGAGCCUCUACUAUGAUUACCAUAAGGGCUACGGACACAAAAUGCAGGACUGUUACGACCUGAAGGAUGCACUGGAACAAGCAAUCAGGGACGGGAAACUAGCUGAAUUCUCCCAUCUCAUCAGGGAACUGAGGAGAUGA